AUGGACGUAAGGCCCGUCUACGAGAGGACUCUUAAUGAGUCCCAGCUACUCGAGCAGCUACCGAAGGAGAUCUCAAGUCUCAUUCAGUCUACGCCAGGGACUCAACAGCUACACGCGCUUGCGCUUGGCGCACUAAAAACACAAUUUACUGAAACUAUUUUCCGACUCUACGAACCAAUCUUUGUUGACCUAGCCGCUCGAUGGCUUCGGUCAGAUAUUAAUGCGGAUUACAUUCACAUCUUGGCCGCAUUCGCCCGUAUCCUACCCUUUUCGCCUUACCUGCGAUGCUUUGCUGGCCAAUAUGCAUUGUCGCAGGCUGGACCUCUAUCGGCACUAGCAGGCUCAAAAGAAUUGACUCUGCGACAGCUAGAUCAAAGUAGUGCUCAAACUUUACUUCUCGCACUAUUUCGACUUCUCUCGUGUGACCUCGAGACUUUCUCCAACGCAGUAUCCCCGAUCCAACUGCAAUCUCUGUUCCCACACGAAGAUCCCGUAAUUCGAUACCUCGCCAUUCGAUGCUUUGCUCUCUACAUGCAUGCAGCAGAUGCUGCCACCGAGAAGAUGUUGCGCGUCAAUACUGGCACCGACCCCAUCAAAGGAGAAUGGGAAGGUAUUAUCAUCGACUAUCGUCUUCUAGGUCUGUGGGAAGAGCGACGAUGGGAAUCCUUUGGCAAAACCAUCCAGCAAGAGCGAUCCCAGCGAUCAGAUAUUGAAGAGACAGCGUUGGUUGAGAGGUUGCGUGACUCUUUGACUCCCCGGUCUGCCGAUGUAUGCGGCGUCUUAAUUCCUCGCUUAAAGGACGGACAGUCAUCAUCCCUCUCAUCCUCCUCUAUCGUGAAAACCCCCACAGCAGUAGAGAAUCAACGUCGUAUCGCAAAGUCACUUCUUGGCUCCAAGCCUGUUUUGUUGGUAGGAUUACCGAACUCCGGAAAAACUUCUCUAAUCAAUGACAUUGCAAUCACUAUGGGUCAAGCAGAAUUGAUGGUUACGCUGCAUCUAAAUGAACAGACAGAUGCAAAGAGCUUGCUUGGAAUGUAUGCCACAUCUUCCGCCACGGGAUCGUUCUCCUGGCAGCCUGGCGUCUUGACCAAGGCUGCGAGGGAAGGCCGCUGGGUGCUGAUCGAGGAUCUCGAUCGUGCCCCUUCUGAAGUCAUCGGUUUAAUUCUCCCAAUAAUUGAGAGAGGCGAAUUGACCAUUGCCAGCAGAAGAGAGCGGAUCAAGUGUGCUGAAGGCUUCAAGAUAAUUGCAACCAUGAAGUCUUCGUACAAUAUCGCUGGCGAGGAGAUCACUCCAAACGCCUCAAUUCUUGGCAGCCGGCUGUGGCAGAGAGUUCAAGUCUCAUCUCUUCCCAUUGAUGAGAUGCGAAAUGUCAUUUUGCAAAAGUACCCCUUACUAGAAUCUCGCGUGCCAAUCCUUAUGGAUGUAUACGGACGAGUUUGCGCCGCAUUCCAUGGUAGCCUUGCAAUCAGGGGCUCUCAGGGCCGAACUCCUGGAUUUCGUGACUUGAUUAAAUUAUCUAGUCGGCUUCAUAAGCGCCUGCAACGCAUUGGUGCCAAAACUGGCUUUGAAGCGACCCCCGAAGCUAUUGAUGAUGAAAUUCUUCUGGAUGUCGUGGACAUCUUCCUGAAGUAUAUUCCAGAUAAAUCGAUGCAAAAUGCCCUCGCUUCCGUUGUGGCCGAGACCAUGCAGAUAUCUCCUCAGCGAGCGCAAUUUUGUCUCCAUGAAAGAACUCCUACUUACAUGGAUAAACCUAAUAGCCUUGUUCUUGGACGAGAAGUUUGUCAAAAGAUUAAAAUGCCAGCUGGCUCGGCUUCGAAGCUUACAGCAGCAGCCGCCGCAUCACGUUUCGCUUCUACAAGAUCAGCUUUGGCAAUCAUGGAGCAGGUGGCUGCAUCAGUACAAAUGGCGGAGCCGGUAUUACUUGUCGGAGAGACCGGCAUUGGAAAGACUACUGUUAUCCAACAACUCGCCACUUUGAUGCGGCAAAAGCUUACUGUGGUCAAUCUGUCGCAGCAAAGUGAAAGUACUGAUUUGCUGGGAGGUUUCAAACCUGUCAGCAUUCGUACAAUGGCCGUUCCGAUGUUGGAUGAAUUCAAUCAGCUGUUCGAACUCACAUUUUCCGCUAAGAAGAACCAAAAAUUUAUGUCUUCUGUAGCCAAGUGUGUUGCUUCUGGAAACUGGGUGCGUCUGGUAAAUCUCUGGCACGAGGCUGUCAGACUGGCCAAUGGGGUGUUCAAUCCUCAGCAGAAAGAAUCUGAAAAUGGGGAAGAGCAACCGUCCAAAAAGAGAAAGUUGGACUCCCCGAAGUAUCAACAUCUGCGACAGCGGUGGGAAAGUUUUGAAACUCAGCUUGGAGAUUUCGAAGCCCAAGUAUCUCAAGGUGAUGCUAAAUUUGCCUUUGCCUUUGUUCAAGGAAAGAUCGUGAGAGCCUUGCGAAAUGGUGAAUGGGUUUUGCUGGACGAAGUCAAUCUAGCAUCCCCUGACACUCUCGAAAAUAUUGCUAGUCUUUUGCAUCAUGGCAGUGAAGGGUCUCCGUCUGUAUUGCUCUCAGAAGCCGGUGAAAUGGAGAGAAUUUUCGGCCAUCCUGAUUUCCGCAUUUUUGGUGCCAUGAAUCCUGCAACAGAUGCUGGUAAACGGGACCUCCCACCAGGCCUAAGAUCCCGUUUCACUGAAUUUUAUGUUCACUCCCCCGAUACCGACCUAGAUGAUUUACUCGCUUUGAUUCAAAAAUACCUUGGAGACUUGACAAUUCGUGAUCAGCGAGCCGCGCCAGACCUUGCACAAUUAUACAUGGAGGUCAAGACACUAAGCAAUAACAACAAUCUCACCGACGGUGCUGGCCAACGACCUCAUUUCAGCAUCCGAACUCUUGUUCGCGCCCUUAUUUAUGUUAUAGAUCAUGCACAUGUCUAUGGACUGCGUCGAGCAAUUUUUGAAGGGUUCAGUAUGAGCUUUUUAACUGUGCUCAGCUUGGAGUCUGAGCGAUCGCUUGUGCCUCUUCUUGAAACAUUUAUCUUUGGAAAUGCGAGGAACGCAAAAUCUCUUCUUGGUAAAACCCUCCAGCCACCCACAGAUGGUAAAGAUUAUGUCCAAUUCAAACACUACUGGAUGCAACGCGGCCCGUUGAUUCCGGAGGAGCAGCCGCAUUAUAUUAUCACGCCGUUUAUCGAGAAGAAUCUGAAGAACUUGGUCAGAGCCAGCUCGACACGGCGGUUCCCUGUUCUGUUGCAGGGUCCUACCUCUGCAGGAAAGACAAGUAUGAUCGAAUACCUGGCAAAGGUCUCUGGUAACAAAUUCGUUCGCAUCAACAAUCACGAACAUACAGAUCUACAAGAAUAUCUGGGUUCUUACAUCUCUUCCGAUGAUGGCAGUCUUCGUUACCAGGAAGGUGUUCUGGUCGAAGCUUUGCGCAAAGGAUACUGGAUUGUUCUUGACGAGCUUAACUUGGCCCCUUCAGAUGUUCUUGAGGCAUUGAAUCGACUUUUAGACGAUAACAGAGAACUCUUCAUCCCCGAAACCCAGGAAGUUGUUCACCCUCAUCCCAACUUCAUGCUGUUCGCCACUCAAAAUCCAGCUGGUCUUUAUGGCGGCCGCAAAGUUCUAUCGCGCGCAUUCCGAAAUCGUUUCCUUGAGCUGCACUUUGAUGAUAUCCCCGAGAGUGAGCUCGAAUUUAUCCUGAAAGAAAGAUCUCAAAUAGCGCCUUCAUUCUGCACACGAAUUGUCUCAGUGUAUCGUAAAUUGUCACUCCUUCGCCAAUCAAACAGGCUCUUCGAGCAGAAGAACAGCUUUGCGACUCUUCGUGAUCUUUUCCGUUGGGCUCUUCGCGAAGCUGAUGACCGUGAGCAGUUGGCAAUCAAUGGUUAUAUGCUCCUGGGCGAGCGCGUGCGAAAUCCCCAGGAGAAAGCUGCUGUCAAGAGUGUGAUCGAAGAAGUCAUGAAAGUUCGUUUGGACGAUGAUGUUUUGUAUAGUGCAGCCCAGCUAGAGCAAAGCAUUCCCCAACUUACAGAAUUGCCUGCUGGAAUUGUCUGGACGAAGGCUAUGAGACGUCUGUUCAUUCUGGUCUCUAAAGCCCUCAGAAAUAAUGAGCCAAUCCUUCUUGUUGGCGAGACUGGUUGCGGUAAAACUCAACUCUGCCAGGCGGUCGCUGAAGCCUUCAAAAAAGAGCUGUUUAUUAUGAACGCUCAUGUCAACCUCGAGACAGGUGAUCUUAUUGGCGCUCAAAGGCCCAUUAGAAACCGUGCAGCUAUCGAAAAACAGCUUAUAGACGAUCUUCAGAUUCUCCUUCAAGGCGACGCAUCUGUAUCUCAUUCUCUCGACCAACUCAAGGAACAGUUCUCUGCUCUUGAUGCGCAACAACGACAAGAUAAGGACAAAGGUCUUUUACACAAGAUUGAAAGAAACCUGGUCCGUUGCAACGCCCUCUUUGAGUGGUCCGAUGGAAGUCUCAUAACUGCCAUGAAAACAGGCCAAUUUUUCCUCCUCGACGAGAUUUCUCUUGCCGAUGAUUCGGUUCUGGAAAGACUCAACAGUGUUCUCGAACCGCAUCGAUCCAUUCUUUUAGCAGAGAAAGGACCCGUUGAUUCCAUGAUUGUGGCAGAUGGAGGUUUCCAAUUUCUAUCAACUAUGAAUCCUGGUGGUGACUACGGAAAGCGAGAGCUUUCAGCUGCUCUGCGCAAUCGUAUGACCGAAAUCUGGGCCCCCCAACUGUCUGAAGAUGAGGACAUUCUGCCUAUUCUACAGAUGAGGUUAACUGUUCAAGACGAGCAAGCUGCCAAAGGGAUGUUGCAGUUUGCAAAGUGGUUUAAAGCAACCUUCCAAAACACUUCAACUACCUCACUAUCGCUUCGUGAUCUUCUUGCCUGGGUAGACUUUGUGAAUACAAGCCAAAGCACAGAUAAGCCGUUCGCUAUAAUUCAAGGUGCAGCCAUGGUGUUUGUCGACACUCUUGGCGCCAAUCCCGCCGCCAUGCUCGCAAUCUCUCUCAGCAAUCUCGAAGAAAAUAGACAGAAAUGUCUCGUUAAGUUGAGUGAAAUUUUCAACGUCAACGCCUCCGAUAUCUAUGGGCAAUCGGCGACCGUAUCUUUGGAACCAGGCUUCUUGCGGGUCGGUCCAUUCUCACUCCCUACAGUUGGGGAAACAGACCCCGAUCCUCAAUUUACCAUGGAUGCUCCUACCACCAUCGCCAAUUCCGUGAGGAUCGCCCGUGGUCUUCAGUCAUCGAAGCCAAUUUUGAUGGAAGGUAGCCCUGGUGUCGGUAAAACAACCUUGGUCACCGCACUUGCGAAAGCCCUUGGAAAACCCCUUACUCGAAUCAAUCUUUCUGAACAAACAGAUCUUACAGACCUGUUUGGAUCCGAUGUUCCAGUUGAAGGAGGGGAUAUCGGUCAGUUUAGUUGGCGUGAUGCUCCAUUCUUGCGAGCCAUGCAGCGUGGCGAUUGGGUUCUAUUAGAUGAAAUGAAUCUGGCUUCACAAUCUGUUCUUGAAGGUCUGAACUCGUGUCUUGAUCACCGGCAGCAGGUUUACAUUGCGGAACUCGACCAGACAUUCAAACGGCAUCCGAACUUUGUGCUUUUCGCCGCUCAGAACCCUCAUCACCAGGGUGGCGGUAGAAAGGGUCUUCCUGCAUCCUUUGUGAAUCGUUUUACGGUCGUAUACGCAGACAGCUUCACAGACGACGAUCUAAAAAGGAUUUGUGCCAAGCUUUUCCCCGGAAGCCCUUUCAUCCAAACUGAAAAACUUGUUGAUUUCAUCUCUAGCUUGAACAAAGCAAUCGUCACCGAGCGUCGCCUGGGCGCCAUUGGCGGGCCAUGGGAAGUCAACCUGCGAGACGUUCAAAGAUGGCUACAAUUAGCAGACAGGGGCAGUUUGCAAAUUCCGACCAAAAACUUCAUCGAUAUCGUCAUCAGUGGGCGGUUCAGAAGCGAGGCUGAUCGUGAGAUAGUGUCACAGAUUUACAAUAGCAUCUUCACAGACUUGCCUGUUGGCCAAAAAAGCUACUACCACAACCUCACCCCGGAGUACAUGCAGGUUGGAUUGGGUGUUAUGACUCGAGACACCAUUCUACAGAGAUCGAUUGAACCAAAUUUGAAAAUCCUUCCAAAGGAUCUUCAAAUUCUGGAAUCGCUCAUUCUAUGUAUCGAUAACUCUUGGCCCAGCAUCUUAGUUGGCCCAGCAGGGUGUGGUAAAACUACCCUGAUAAAAAAGCUUGCUGCUCUUAACGGUGCGGCCUUGGAGGAGUUGGCUCUCAGUGCCGACACUGAUACUAUGGACUUGAUUGGUGGGUUUGAACAGAUUGACCACAGGCGCGAGGUUUCUUCAUUUGUACACGAUGUGCAGGCCUUCCUGCAUCAUCAAGUGAUUCACUCAUUUGCUUCUGGAGAGGUUUCAGAUGCCGUGGCCUCGGCUCUUUUCAUUUGCCAGCACUUCCAAAUGUCUGAGACCUCGUUGGAGACGGUGAUUUCUUCGCUAUCCGAGCUCUGCAAGUUUUACCUCGAUCCAACUCUUCAGCAAUUCCUUGAGCGAGCACAAAAGCUAUGGCAAGUCAUUCAAAACUCCGAGAAGAUGAAAGUCGGAUUUGAAUGGACAGAAGGAGUUCUCACUCGAGCCGUUCAACAAGGAAACUGGGUGGUCCUUGACAAUGCAAACUUGUGCAACCCGUCUGUUCUGGACCGAUUGAACUCUUUGAUGGAACCCAAUGGAACACUCAUCCUUAAUGAGCAACGAACUGAGGAUGGAUCUGCGCGAAUCAUCACACCUCACCCGAAUUUCCGCAUCUUCUUAACCAUGGAUCCUCGCCACAGUGAGCUUUCUCGUGCCAUGCGAAACAGAUGUGUUGAAAUCUGUUUCAUGUCAAACGAUGUUCAGGAUUUUUCUCCAACAAUCAGCCCUUCUUAUACCUGCGAAUCCUCCCUAUACCGACUGCGUCACGUUUGGAACCUGAACACUGCUCUGCCAUCUGUUCCCUUCCAAGACUUGUUUGAAGUCUGCCUUGAUCAUCUUGCCCCCGCCGAUUUGUCUUAUCUUCAAAAGUCUUCUAGCUCAUGUCUGCCUGAAAACAAUGUGAAGCAACUUGCGGAAAGCACUAUGCAACGCUACGCAUCCAUUUUGGGCGAAAGUGAGCAAUGGAAACCCCUUAGUUUCAUUGCCGGCGAAAUAGUCGUGGCCGGAGCGACUCUGAGCAUGCAAGGAGCACUACAACCCAUUCAUCCUCUUGUCAAUGAGCCCUUGGUGUCAAUCGCAGGAUCAAGCGAAUAUCGCUCAAAUCUUGUAAUCCUGACUUACCUCCAGCAGUUUAAGCUUGAGGUACACCGCCUCCGACAAAACUUGGUUCAAGCUCACGAUUCUGGCAAACAACUGAAACCAAGCCAGAUGACUCGCUUGGAACGAUCAUUGGCUUCGAGCCGGAUCCAGUCACUGAUGAAGGAUUCCACACAACCUGUUGGCCAUUUCCUUUCUGAUUGUGGCCAAGCUUUAUAUGACUAUAUUCAAAAUUUGGAUGUGACCAGCCUUCAAUCCCCCGAAAUUGCAAGUGCACUUCAGACUAUCAUCUGCCUUUGCUGGGACAUUUAUCGCGCAACAGAUGUAGACCAGGUUGAUGAGGGUGAAUUCCAGGUUUAUCUCCAGGUUGGUAGGAAGGUCUGCGCAUCUCUACUCAGCUCAUCUCCUCGGCUGAAGCCAUUGGAAAGUGCUCUAUCACAUGCACUGGCCCGCUUUCAAGCUGGCUGGGCAUUGACUACUGGACUUAGUAUGCAAAGGAUCUGGGAUGAUUGGAGACAUGUCACACCUUCGUCGCAGAAGCAGUUGAACUCUCUUAUUGAAUUAGAAGAAACUGUUGCUGAGUUCACCACACUUGCGUUACAGACGCGUGUGGACUUGUCUCAGCUGAGUGGUAUUUGGGACUCAUUGAUAAACGCCCAUCGAUUCAUUCUUACAGAUGGUGCCGAUGGUGAUGUUCUUGUUCAGGGUAUCAAGCAAAGCGUGGCUGAGCUUGGUCAAGCUGUUCGCCGCUCUGACUCAGUGCAGUAUCCCUACUUUGCAGAGGAGUUUGAAGCCUUAUGCCAAUAUCGCGAUAUUGCCCCUGCCGAAAGCUCUCACGGCAACAAUGAACAAGCAGUGAAAACAAUUGUUCCGUUGCUUGCCGGUCGCCCUGCUCGAUCACUAGACUCGUCUGCUUCGCAAAGCCGAGUUCCGGAGAUUCUUCAUAGACUUGCAUUGUUUUCGGGUGCCGGGAACCCCACGGCUUCCCCGUUGGCAAUUGGUGGUGUUCUGCCAUUAUCUUUGCUAAGUAAAUUGUCUACUGUGGGUGUUACAACCUUAGGCCAGAUGGAUAUGCUACAGGCCGAAAAACGUGCACUUUCAAAGGCGGUAUCUUUGAGCACUCAACAUAUUGCAAUGAGCCAGUCUGGCAAUCUGAAACGUGCCCUCUCCUCGCUGACGAUUGAAGUCAUCUCUUGUCACCGGGAAUUUUUUGAGCCGGGUUGUGCUGAGUGCUUAAUCUCAGGUCUGCAAGCCAUAGAGACUGGGAAUCCUGUGGAGUUCCCCAUUGCGAUUCGCUUAAACCAAGCCAUUGAAGAAGGUCAUUUCUUCAAGAACUUUGCCGAGACUGCCCUUCCGGCGCUCCUUCGAUCUUUGACAUCGACCUUGCCUGAUAGCGAGAGAGAUAUUCAUGGCACCGGGCUCGCAGCAGUUCAACUAGCAGUAAUCCUUCUCCGGCUAUUCGUGCCAGACAAGUCUUUUGAUCCUUCACUUGGACUUGUUGUUCAACGUAAAAGAUACUAUCAGCGACUUGACGAAAUUAGUGCUAAGUCAAACGCCAUUCUCUUUUUUGAGAGCAAAUUCUCCGGUCAGCCAUCUAACCUGCGGUCUGUUCUUCUUCAAGAAGACACUAACGAAUUGGGCUCUGCUCCACCACCAUCAUCUGUGACUCGACCAGACAAAUCAGAGCUUGGCUUGUUGCAUGGAGAGUUCACGAACUUGAUCAAUUCGGUUCUCAACAGGAAGCCAGACCUGAUGAUUGAAUCUAUCAAUUCCGCUUCUCAAUCUCACGAAAUGAUUAAGCUCCUUCGUGAGAACAUUCAUCAGCUCAGCAACCGCCUCAGCACCUAUUACAGAUCAUACGAUGAUAUCACUGUGCCGAUAGUUCGCUUCCUUCAACUUCUCGAUCUUGGUCUCUUCUUGGGCUCUAGUCAAACCGAGAAGCCUGGUGAAAUCAAAGAUAUUGAGUCCCUGAGCCACCGCACUCCCUUCCUGGGAGGUAUAACUCACCCAGUCCUUUCCCAGGACGAUGCCUUCCAGGCCUCGAGCUCAGCAAAUGUAGUUGAAAUGCGACUUCACGAAUUGUCCGCUCUUUGGGUUGCCAAUGAAGCGGACUCCACGAUUCUUCAACUCACAUCUGGCCGACAGACAAUCCGCCGUAUUUUUGCAGACUUCCACUACCUCUGGAAAACAAAACUUCAAGAGGAUCAAGAGAAGGAAGCCGAAAAGUCUGAACUUUACCGCUACCGAGGCUCAUGGGAGGAUGAAGAAGAGAUCGAUGAAGCUGAGCUGCACCAGAUGUUCCCGACCUACGAGGAUGAGAUGGCUCCCAGUGAUCUUCAUGAUGUAGAUCAAAUUGAUCCUAGAAUUAUCGCCGUUCGUCUUGCUGCGCUCCACGCGAAGAUUGUGGGUGACAGCAGUACUGGAGAUGCGAUGCCCACUUUUGUUAAACAAACUGGUCGUAUCUUGGGAUCGAUGUGGUCGAAAAUAAGUAAUGACUUUUCUCCAAUUUCCCCUCAGCAACAUCUGCCUGCCGUGUUUCUACUCCUUGACGAUGUGGUAGGCGAGGACUCCUUGGACCGGAAAAAGAACUACAAUUUCUACACCGAUUACAACGGAGUUGAAGCAAGACGGCUGGUUACUCUUGCACUCUCAGUGCAGUCACGCUUUGUUCAGAUUCAAAUCGCGUGGCCAGAGCACGCUGUGCUUCAAGAUGUCAUUACCUGCUGUUCAGAGAUUCUACAAUUUAAGCACACUGAGCCAGUCGCGAAGUUUUUGACAAAGGUCGAGAAGCUUUACUCUCUUGUCCAUGAAUGGCAGCUUGUUGCUAGCAGGGAAUACUCGGCUGCUUCUUUGUAUGAUGAGAUUACAAACAUGAUUAUCAGUUGGCGUCGUCUUGAACUUACGACGUGGGCCAAACUGUUGGAUCUUGAGAGAGAUCGGUGUGAGGAGGAUGUUAGUUCGUGGUGGUUUGUCGCCUACGAAUCCCUUCUCGCGGUUCCUCUUCAGAUGGCAGAGUCUGGUGAGAAGGAUAUGACAGAGCACACCCAAGGUGUCAUCUCAACUCUUGAACUAUUUUUCACUUCUACCACCCUGGGCCAAUUUUCUCGUCGCCUCCAGCUUGUUUCUAAUUUCGAAGCUAUUCUCUCCAUAUUUGCUAUGGACUAUGACUGCUUGAUGCCCCUCGUGUCUGCACUGAAGAACUUUAUUUCUCAUUUCCGACCAUUUGAACCUUCGGUCACCAAGAUUUUGCAGGAUAAGAGAUUGACACUGGAGAAGGACCUCAAGGAGCAAAUCCAGCUGGCCAGUUGGAAAGAUACCAAUAUUGUUGCGCUCAAAGCAAGCGCCCGAAGAUCGCAUGUCAAGUUGUUCAAGUUGGUGCGCAAGUUCCGUGUGGCUCUUUCUCAACCAAUUCAGCCGGUUCUCGAGCAAGGAAUUUCCGAAUCCUCCAGCGAAAUUACCGCAUCUUCCACGCCAACUGCACUGUCAACAAUCGUUCGUCCUGAGGCACUGUCUAUCUGUCAAAAGGAACAAAGCAUCUGGUCUUCGAGAGCCCUUCGAUUUCAAAAUCCAGAUGGCACAGCUCGUAAUAUGAUGAAUCUCUAUUCGUCUAUCCCGUCUGAAUUUGACAUUGCCGAAGAACUUGAUGGGUUUACUGUUUCUGUAAUUCAGAGCAUUGAGGAAUUUAAGACUCAAACGCCGAAGACCCUGACAGAGGAGAACAAGGAUGAUGUGCAGCAUCUCAAGAUUCAAAAGCGUCGUCUUUACGCCGAUACUUUGAAGACCAUCUUCGAGAUGGGUGUUAAACGCAAUGCCGGAACCAGCUUGCUAGAGACUCAAGUGUCUCUCGCGCAAGUUUUGGCUACGAGUGCCGCUUUUGAAUCUGGUACUACAACUUCUAGAUUUAUCCAGAGUGCAGAUUCCUAUUUCCAUAGGCUUCUGGAUCUUCUGCCUCGCGCUCGCUUGGCAUCACGCAACUACUCUGAAGACCUGAGUAACGUUGAGGUCUUCAGAAGCAUAGGCUCUAUUGAGCACUUCUUGUUCAUGAUUCGACGACAGAGAAGUAUUCUCUCGCCUGCCAUUUCUCACAUUGGUUCCUUGAAAGCUACCCUUGACAAGAUGGAUCAUCUGUGGACAAUUGGCCCCGAAUCACUUGCCAAGAUUAGCAGUACCGCCGUGGAAGAACGGAACAGUCUUACCAGAUCCUUGGCGUGGUUGAUACCUAUCCUUGGACUUGCCUCGACAAUUAUCGAAGUUCAUGCUAAAUUUUCUGGGCUGGAGGCCUCCUCCAUCAUCAAUGAGCUUCGGUCAAGAAAAUCUUCAUUUGAGGAAUCGCGCAAAUCUCUUGAGUCUCUCCCGAUACUACCCCCAGGAAUGACAUCCACCCUGGAGCAGGAGCUUACCGAGAAGGCUCGGUCACUGCUUAAUCAACUGCGGCUUGAUGUGAACCAAUGGUCGCAAAAUCGACCGGAUCUGACUUUUGCACUGGGUCAGAUUUCUCCAUGGAUUCAAGCCAACAGUGUUGCUGUUGCCAAUUCCAUCAGCAAUGGCACUGUGUCCAUUGAGAGCUUUGAUAGCAGCCUCAUGGCAGCUAUCGACAAAAUUCUGGUUGGCCUUCAAAAGCUCAAAGAUGUACCUACAGCUCUUGACUUCCCCGGUCUUAUAUCCAGAAGCGAUGAGUUCUUCUCGCGGGCCUCCAAAGCUGUACAUGUCCGCGAAAUCACCGUUUCAAUCACGGGUGUCCUCGACCAAUUGCAAAAUUUGCAAGACGUCUCUUCAGCAACUUUUCCGGUUGCUGCUGCUCUGGUUUCCAGUAUCCUUCCCAUUGCCAACAAGUACUACGAGAUAUGUCAGGACCUCACAGGCCGUUUUGUCUCUGUUCAUCGUCAAAUCUGCAAGACCUCUUAUGUCUUGACUAAGACUUUCACUCAGGUAGCAUCAGAGGGUCUUUGCAGUCCUCUUGAAGCAUCCCGAGAAGAAGGCAAUGAUAGCAAGAUAGAAAGUGGAACUGGUCUUGGUGAUGGCGAGGGUGCCGAAGACAUUAGCAAGGAUAUUGGAGCUGAUGAAGAUCUCUCGGAGCUCGCACAACAAGAACAAAAAGAUGAUGCCAAAGAGGACAUAGAUGACUCCGCUGAUGCUGUCAAUAUGGAUCAGGAAGAACUGAAUGCCGAAAAUGGUGAUCAUGAAGAGAAAGAAGGCGAAGAUGAGGACAAAGACGAUGGUUCUGAGGAGGAGAAUGAUCUUGAUGAGGAAGUGGGUAGUGUAGAUGGUCUCGAUGCUGGCGCCGUUGAUGAGAAGCUAUGGGACGGUGCCAAUGACGAGCAGCAGAAAGAGACCGAGAAUGAAGAAGGCAAGGGUCAAGAGGAGGCUGAUCAAUCCGCUGCACAAGAGCCAAAGAAAGAUCAAGAGGAGGGUCAGAAAGGAGACGAAGAAGGAAGCGAGGAAGAAGAUGAAGAAGAUGAAGAAGCACCUGAAGAUGAAGGCGAGGCUGUCGGUCGUGAGGAUAUGGAUGUGACCGAUCCUCAGACUAAGGAGGAAGAAACGCUGGAUCUCCCCGAGGAGAUGCAGCUUGAUGGCGAUGAGAAGGAGGGAGCUGAUGAAGGGGAUGACGAUGAUGGCAUGGAUGACAUGGAUGAUAUGCCACCUCUUCCUGAAGAAGAAGGAAAGGUUGAAGACCAAGAUGAUCAGCCAGGUGAUGAAGACUUGGAUAUGGAUACGGCUCCAGAUGAGCAAGUCCCCGGCGAAGAUGAGGAGAUGGUCGAUGAAGAUGAUCCCAGCAAAGCUGAUGCUGGUGAGGAGGAAGAGACUGAAGUCGGAGGGGAAGACCCAGAGGAGCCCGACCAAGAUGAGUUCCUUGCUCAGCGUGAUGACAAUGAAGCCGCCGGUGAAGAUGUCGCCCCUAGCGAGGCCGUGACAGGCGGACUUGCUGCAGAUCAAGACCAGAAUGAAGACAAAGGUACUUCUGGAGAUGCCCAGCAAGAAAGCGGCUCGAAUGACCCCACUGCUAGUGCCGAGCAGAAGACUGGCGCUGCCAAAGACAGCGAAGAAAGCAAGCGAAGUCGUGAUGCCGGCGGUGCUGAGGACUCGGCUCCCAAUGAUCCUCAAAUUCAGGCCUUCAAGAAGCUUGGAGACAUUCUGGAGCAAUGGCACCGGCGUCAAAAGGAAGUUCUCAAUCCGUCUCAAGAAGAAGAGGACUCGGAAACUCUUCCCCAAGACACAGAUAUGGCGGAUGCCGAUUUCGAACACCUCAAGGACGAUGAAGAUGUGGCCGACACUCAAGCUCUGGGACAAGCAAACGAUGAUCAGGCCCAAGCUCUGGAUCAGAAUAAGGGCGUGGAAUCUGAUAUUAAGCCUGGUGAGAACGACGUUUUACCAGAUGCGAUGGACGAACAAGAUGCUGUCGACAAUCAACUCCAGGAUGAGAUGCAACUGGACCGCGACGCAGCUCCUUCUGACAGUCAGCUCGCUGGAGCUUUUAUUCCUGGCGAUCACUCCUCUCGGGAUCAAGCAGAUGGCGCCCCCGGAGCUGAAGAAAUUACAGACGAGUUGGACGAAGUCGACACACAGCUCGCAGCCAUCCAUCUCUCAUCUUCUCUUGCACCCUUAACACCAGAAGUUGAAGCUCGCCGUCUCUGGUCUCAUUACGAAUCCGCUACAAACAACCUUUCCCUCUCCUUGACCGAACAGCUUCGUCUCAUUCUCGCUCCCACGUUGGCUACUAAGCUUCGCGGUGACUUCCGCACCGGUAAGCGACUCAAUAUCAAACGCAUCAUCCCCUACAUUGCCUCUCAGUACAAGCGUGACAAGAUUUGGAUGCGCCGCUCAAUUCCCUCCAAGCGCAACUACCAGAUCAUGCUCGCCGUUGAUGACAGCAAGUCCAUGCUAGAAAGUGGUAGUGGCCAGCUCGCCUUUGAAACCUUGGCUCUGGUGGCUAAAAGUCUAAGCAUGCUUGAGGCCGGAGAUCUGUGCGUCCUCGGCUUCGGUGACGAAGACCACGUUCGCGUCGCACAUGAGUUUGGCAAACCAUUCUCCUCCGAUGCUGGUAUGCAAGUCUUCCAGCACUUUAGCUAUCAACAAACUGGUACAAAUGUGCGCAAGUUGAUUGCUGAUUCUAUCGCCCUGUUUCGCGAAGCUCGCUGGAAGCGCUCUCCAGGCUCUGGGUCCGGAGAUCUCUGGCAGCUUGAACUGAUUAUUUCCGAUGGUAUUUGCGAAAAUCACGACACCAUUCGCCGGCUUGUGCGACAGGCACUUGAGGAGCGUAUCAUGAUCGUCUUCAUCAUUGUCGAUGCUAUUAAGGGAAGUUCUAUUCUCGAUCUGUCACAGGCCAGCUUUGAGGCUGAUCCUGCCUCUGGUGGUGAGAUGAAGUUGAAAAUGAAGCGCUACCUUGAGGGUUUCCCCUUCCCCUACUACCUUGUUGUUCGUGAUGUGCGUGAGCUUCCUUCUGUUCUGGCUACGGCCCUUAAGCAGUGGUUUGCUGAAGUUGUGGAUGUUUCUUCUUAA